AUGGCAGAAAUUCCGGACGAUGAGCUCCUCCACGGAUGGAAACCGCGUCUAGGGCGUUUAUCCGUACCCGAUAAAAUCGGUCAGGCCGAGCUGCUGAAGCGACAGGGCAACCUGUUUGUCCACCAGAACGAGCUCAAACGCGCUCUUCGAGCAUACGCCCAAGUGUUCGCCUACGUCAACGGUCUCUCCGUUGCGGGGGACGCCAUGUCGCAGUACGCCCAGACCACAACGGACCUGACGGCUACGCAAGUCCAGGGCGAGCAGAUUGAGGCGUUGAAAGUCGCAGUUUGGGCCAACAUGGCGCUCUGCUACGUCCGCCUUGGAGUCGAGCUGAACAAGGCGCUCAAGUGCUGUCAACAAGUGCUGGCGCUCCAGCCCCAGCACAGCAAAGCGCGGUUCCGGAAGGCGCAAGUGCUGGUGCAACUCAAGCAGUACGAGCGUGCUUUCGAGCUGCUGAGUGCGUUAUUGAAGGAGGAGCCCAAGAACGCAGCGGUGCGGAAGGAGAUCCGGCUGCUGCAGGACCUCAAACGAGCACACGAUGCGGAGACCCGCGCGAAAGAAAAGCAAGUGUAUGGCAGCAUAUUCCAGUAG